AUGCAUAUAAUUCAAAAGAUAAAAGGAAUUAUAUAUGAUAAUAAUGAUACAACUAGUGUAAAAGACGAGAAAAAAAAUAAAAAAGUUCAUGUUAAUGAACUAAAGGAUGAAAUAUGGUUAUAUAAAAAUGAGUAUAAUAAAGAAAAUGUAAAUGAGGAAUAUGUCAGGGAAAUUGAAGAUGAUAAUGAAUAUUAUGAUGAUGAAAAUGAUAAACAACCAAAAGAUCAUUUUUUAGAAGUUCCGUUAUUUGAUGAGGAUGACUAUGGGAAGAGCAUAAAAAGGAGAAUGAAGGCUUUCCCAAAUAAAAAAGUGAAUUCAAUCAAAAGAUACGAAGAGACAGAAAUAAGUGAGGAAACUUUAAGUACCACAGAUGAAGAAGAAGAAAUAGACGAGCCCUUCUUGGAUUUAUAUGAAGAAUUAAAGAGGGAACAAAAAAUAAGGGAGUUUUAUAAUCCUAUGCUAAAGCCACGAUUAUGGCGUUUAGAAUUUUUUAUAAAAUACAUUCAUAAUUUGGAAAAUAAUAUUCAGAAAAACUUUUAUUUAAUAUCAUUUGGAAAUACAAAGAAUGUCAAUCUUUAUGGAGGAAUGCAAAAGGAUGUAUUAUAUACUCCAGGGUAUUCUAUUAAACCCGGAGAAAUUCAGCAUUUAAAAAUUCCAUUAACCAUUUGGAGUGAAAAAGAAUUAAGUAUAUCUUAUGAAGAUUUGAAAAAAUUUGAAGUUACAAUUGAAAUGUGGUGUAUAAAGGGACUUAUAUUUAAUGAACUUUAUGCAUCUUCUAAAAUAAAUUUAAAAGAAAUAAUUGAAAAUGAUCCAGAUAGUAGUAUAGUAUUAAAAAGGAAAAUUGAAAAGAAGAAAAUAACAUUUGAUGCCCAACGUUUAGGGAUAUAUAUGCAGCUAUCGGAAAUCUUCGAAUUUCAUAUGGCCUUAGACAGUUGGUGGUUUAUAGCAAAUUCCGAGAUGCCUAGCUAUUUAAAGCUAUUACCAAAAUUUUUAAGAUUUAAGUUCCCUUUAAGUGAAGGUGAAUGGGUAAUUCAUAGCUCUAAUAAGUCUAGUAAUAAUUUUUGGCUUUACCCUGGAUACUUUUGUUUUAUUGGGACAUACCGACAAUUAGCAAAUGCCUUUUUUAUUCUUGCAGUAUUAUGCUAUAAUUCUAAUUACAAAUAUAAGCCACCUAUUCUAUUGGGCUCAUGUAUAGUAUCUCUAAAAUCCGUGACAGAAUAUCCUUUUUUUAAGGGGACUGUAAAAAAACUAACAUUGGAAAAAAGAAAAUUUAAACAGGGAGAAAUUGUAGGAAAUAUAAAAUGCUUUGUUAAUAGUUAUGGGAUCCAAGAAGAUGAUACAAACAUACAAAGGCCUGUUCAACCAUUGAGUGAUGUUACAUUAGUAAACCAGCUAUCUUUAAAUGAUCACUAUUUAGUAAUAAGAAUAAUAAAAUGCGAAAAUUUAGCUAUAAGUAGUUUAGACCUAAACAAUAUUAAUAUAAAUGUAUGGGUAAAAUGGGAUGGAAUAGUUAACAAAACGGAUACUGUAUCAAAAACAGUGUCUCCUUUUUUUUAUCAAAAUUUAUAUUAUCCAAUACGAUUAGUUGACAGAAAAGAAUUAACAAAUCAAAAAUUAAUACAUAAUGUCUUACCUAUAGAUUUAAUUUCAAAAGGAGAUAUUUGUUUAGAAGUUCACAAUAACAAUGAAAUAUAUUCAUCAAUUUUAGGAAUUUUCGAAUUACCAUUUGCGGAUAUAUUUAAUUACGGAACACAUGAUAUUAGGGCAUUAGCUCAGGAUAAGAAUGAGGAUUCGAUACAUAAUGAAAACAAAAAUUACGAGUAUUAUGAUCAAGGAUUUGAUAAUCCAGAUGAUAAUUAUGAGGAUUAUUAUUCAAGACAAUAUAGAACAAUUGUUUAUAAAAAUACAUUAGAUUUAAUGUAUUCUAGAGCCCAUUUAAAAUCUUUAAAUAAGGGAAAUGUGCAAACAAAAAGAAAAUCGACGAUAUCAAUCGAAGCUUUUGUAAUCCCUCCACUUCCAAGUGGAUUGGUUUUUUUUAAGGAAAAUAAAUCUCAAAAUUCUUCUAUAAUAUACAAAUCUAUGUCAAAAAGAUGGGAACAAGACUUUAAGGGAUUCAAUGAUAUCUAUUUGCAGUGGUUUCCAAAGGCUAUCAAAAAUAGAAGCUUCCCUUGCAUAAGCAAAAACGAAUUUGACGAUAACUACUAUCCUCUUUGUAGUUUUGUGACGCCUAUCAAUUUGCCUGCCCAAGUUUCAACACCAGGUCCUUUAUUUCACUGGCUAAAUAAUAUUGAGUAUAUAGAAAAUGAUGAUGAGCCCAUCAAUUUCACUCCUCCCCAUUUUUUCUUGUCUUAUAAAAAGGGAACAAUACAAGAUCAUGCCUUGUUACUAUGCUGUUGUUUGAAGGGGUUGGAAUAUGACGCAUAUGUAUGCAAAGGUACUAUAAAUAACGGGAAAACAGAUCAUUACUGGGUAAUGACUAGACACGAAAAAGGAUGGGUUUGUUUUUGGGAAGUAACAAAUAAGUCUAUUAUACAUUUAAAAAAUCGAUGGAAUAAUAAUAAUUUUUUAAAAAAUUUUGAUAUAUUAACAGAAAAUAAAAUGAUUAAUAAAAUGAAUGAAAAUGAUAAUGAUAAAUAUUAUAAUGGUGAAUAUUUAUCUAAUUAUAUAAAAUAUGGUUUAGAGGAAUUAAAAAUUCGUAAAAAUCAAAUAAUACAAGAAUAUAAUAUGAAAGAAGAAAACCAAUUAUAUACUAUGGACUUAUAUGGAGAACAUCAUAUGAAGGAUGAGGAGGUAAAUAUUGAUGAGGUUUUAUAUAAUGAUGAAGAAUUUUUUGAUAAUAUAUUUAAAGUAAAAUAUGAAAAAAAUAAUACAUAUAAUUGUAAUAAAGCUAUAAAAUAUGUAUUAGAAUCAUUUUCAAAAUAUAUACCUAUUGCCCCAAAACUUGGUUUACUAAAUUAUGAAAAAACUUUAACAUAUGUUCCAUAUUCAUCUAUAGAAAUAAUUUUUAAUGAUCAGCAAUUAUAUGGUAAUAUGCAAAACCAUCAUCCUGCAUGUAUUUUAUAUGAUUUAGAAAAUAAUUACCAUUGGCGUCCCCUUUUAAAUCAUGAGCCACCACAAAUAAAAAGUGAAAUAACAAUUUCAACUCCAUUAAGUGAUAAACUUUCAAUAAAAUAUAUGAAGGAACUAGAAGAAGAAAUACAGGAAAUGAUUUUUUUUAUUCGAAAUGUUGAGGGGUUAGAAACAAAUUUUGAUCACUCAAAAGAAAUAAAAUAUUUUUUAGAAAUGUAUAUUGAUAUAUGUGAAUAUAAAUUAAAUUUAGACAAUAACUUUAAUCCUAAACCAGAAAACUAUGAAUGGAAAAAUGAAAAAGGAAUUGAAAAAAACAUGAAUAAUGAUUUAAUGGCUGGAAAUGUGGAAAAUGAUAUGGGAAAUAUGAACAAUAUAAAUAGCAAUAAUAAUGGAUCGAGAAAAAGCUGGUCUCAAUAUAAAAAUGAUUUUUAUCCAAAUAUCGAAGGACAAUAUAUAAAUAAAGAAAAUAUAAAUUUUCACAAUUCUUAUCAUCCAGCUAAAAAUGUAGAAAUAAUGAAUAGCGAAAAAAAAAAAGAUUUAUCUAAUAUUCCUCAAGAUUAUGUAUAUGGAAUGAAUAAUGAAAUAUAUAAUGAUGGAAAGGAAGAAUAUAUAAAAAAUUAUGUUUUUAAUAAGAAUAGUACUGAUAUAUUAAAUAAUUAUGAUGAAAAAAUAAAAAGAAAAAAUACAAAACGUUUUAGCAAUGCUCCUUUACACUAUCAAGACAAUGAACAAGACACAAGUUGGUAUUUAGAUAUUCCAAAUUAUAUUUACGAUUGUGAUAGUAUUGAAAAAGGAAGGGAUUUAAAAAAUUGUAAUGAUAGUCAGACAGGAGAAGACAAAAUACAGGUUGUAAUAAAUGAUGAAAACGAUUUUAAGGAAGAUGAAAUAAAAAAAAUGAACAACAAUGAAUAUUGUGUAGAACAUAAUUGUGAAGAGUCUGAAGAAUGGGAAGAAGAAAUAUACAAAGAAAUAAAAGAAAGAUAUUACUGCUAUGAUGAUAGUGAAUGUUCUGACAAUAAUAGUCAUAAAAAUAUUCCAAGUAAAUUUAUAAAAAAUAAUAAUAAUAUACUUAAAUUAGAAAAAAAAUUAAAAAAAUAUGAAAAAAAUAUGAAAAAAGAAAUGAUUGAUAUUAAAUUGGGUAGUAAAGGGUUGCAAAAAAAAAACAAGAAAAAAUUAUUUUCCAAAUUUUUAGACACACAAGAAUAUUUGAUAAAUAAACUGGAUAAUAACAUAAGUAAGACAAAUAUAAAAAAUGAAAAUAAGACUAAAACAUGUUACAAGAAUCUUAGUUGUGAAAAAAAUAGUGGUUAUAAAAAAUCUGAAAAAAUGAAAUACCCAAUCAAUGGAUAUUUUAUUAUUCCUUCGAAAAAUGGCAGUGAUGAUAUAUAUACUUUUGAGAAUGUAAGGAAAAAUGAAAAAGUAUCUUACAAAAAAAAAAAAGAUAUAUUGAAAGGAGUUAAAAAUAAUUCGAAAAAAUUAUAUAGAGAAAAAAUAAAAAUGGACAAGAGUGAUAAACAAUGUAAGAAAAAAAACAGAACAAAUAUUUUACAUAAUAUGUGUAAAAAAUUGUAUAAUAUUAAAUUAAUAGAUUAUAAAAAUUUAAAUAAAAAAUGGGUAAUCAAAAAAAAGUAUAAUAAAAUAAGAGUGCGAAAAUUUAGGUUAGGAAGACGUAUACAUAUUAGGGGGAAAAGAAAAAACAAAUUAUUUUGUAAAGAUAUUUCUUUUUUCAUAAAUUCAAAUAUUAUCAAAAAUGAUGUGGAAUCACAAUUAUCACUCGAUAAAGAAACAGUAAAUUUUACAAAAAAUAAAAAAUUUGAAUAUGAAAGUGCUCAUCAAAUGCACAAAGUUUCAGAUAUGGAGGGGAAGAAUAACCAUCAAAUUGCGGAAGAUCAGAGUUGGAAAAUGGGUACUCAAAUAAAUCAAAGAUAUCCUAUGGAUAUGGCAAAUGAAGUUAAUGAUGAAAAUAUAAUAAUGAAAAAUAAAAUAAUUCCAAACAAUUUUAGUGAACUUUCUAUGGGUAAAACAUUUGAAAAAAAUGAAAAUAGUGAAAAUAAAUCUAUGAAAAAUACUCCAGAAGUUCCUCCCCCUAAAACAUGGUCACGAUUAGAUGUAACAUCAAAAUAUGCUGCUCAUCAAAUUUCUCAGUGGAAUUGGUACUAUGCCUUGGAGGAGCAAUAUUUCAAUUGGCAAUACUACAAAUUCCCAGUUCCCCCAAAUCAUACUUUUGUCGGAUUUCCCAUUCAUUUUUCGACCCCAGACUUUUCUGAAAUAAAAUCCUUCUUGUUGAGCUCUAAGCGGUUUGAUAAUAUAAUGAAGCUUUCAAUAAAUAACAUUUCAUUUGUUAUAUAUUGUAAAUCUUAUCCUUUAAUUGGGGGUGUAAUGUCUAAUUGGAUUUUUUUAGGAUGUUUGGUUCCUUGGAUGACUGCCCAAGAAAGAGAAACGAAUAUGAAAAAAAAAAUUCAUAGAAAUCAUAAUGAAAGAUAG